AUGUUAGCCGAUGGGAAUGCCGCGCGGAUGCGGCAGUUUGAUGCCAUUCAGAAGCUGACGAAAGCCGUGGACGCGUUGGUCGCGCGGCGGUACGCCGUGAACGAAAAGCACCGCAUGUUAGACCAGCUCGAGACCUUCUUGAACGAGUUCGAGCUCUGCGUGGGCUCGGCGGAGGGCCAGAUCCAGGAAGCUCGCGCCCAGUGCGUGGCCUUGCAGGCGCCGAAGGAUCUAAAAAGUCGAAUCACCGCGGGAAGCGAUGCGGAGGUGGAGAAAUUGUGGAAAAAUCACGGCCAGGCGAUGGCGGAUCAACUCGCGCGGCAUUCCGCGCGGCUAAAAACCCUCCAGGCGGCCCCCGCCAACCCCGCCCAUCCGGAACGUGUCGUGAAAUGA